AUGAACGCCUUCGAACCAAUCUCUAAAAUCCCACAAUCGAAGGAACCCGUUCUUUUGGGUGCCUCGUUCAAUCAAGACCAGAGUUGUUUUGCAGUAGGCUUUGAACAUGGAUUUCGAGUCUACAGUACUGAUCCCAUGGAGCCCCGGAUGAAACGCACGUUCUCGCUGGUCACUGGCAAGAAGAGCACGGAUACUGACCUGAACUCUAGCGGUAUAGGUGUUGUGUCAAUGCUGCAUCGAACGAACUAUGUUGCUUUGGUUGGAGGCGGGAAGGCCCCCAACUUCCCCGUGAAUAAGGUGGUGAUCUGGGACGACCUGAAGAAAAAAGCAUCUAUCAUACUGGAGUUCAUGAGUCCUGUGUUGAACGUGCUGUUAUCAAGGACUCAGAUAAUCACCAUUUUGAAGAACCAGGUGGUUAUUCAUGCUUUUGAGGCAAAACCAAAGUUUAUCUCCAGCUACGAGACCUCCGAUAACGAAUAUGGAACUGGUGACUUGUCUCCAGGCACUCUGAGCAGGUCGAAGGGUGUUGAAACAGACACUGGAAUGCACAUACUGGCAUUCCUCGGAAGGUCCAUUGGGCAAAUUCAGUUAGUGGACGUGUCUCCUAAUGGGCAGGAGAGAAACCGCAUAUCUAUUAUAAAGGCUCAUAAGGGCAAGAUACGGUGUCUAGUUCUGAACAGUGCGGGUACUAUGAUCGCCUCGGCAUCUGAAAUGGGCACGUUGAUACGCGUUCAUGCUACUUCGAAUUGCUCUUUGCUUUACGAGUUCAGAAGAGGUGUUGAUCGUGCGGCAAUAACCUCGAUGAGAUUCUCUCCUUCUGGGUCGAAAUUGGCGGUUCUAUCGGACAAAAAUACCUUGCACGUAUUCAAUGUGAACGGGGCUACUUCAAAUCGCCAUCACUUUCUUGGGAAACUGCCCAUGGUUCCCAACUACUUUAUGUCAACCUGGAGUUUUGUCUCCAUUCAUGUAUCCGAGGACAACGGUCCUACAAACGGAAAACUAAUGACCAUCGAUACAGGUGUUUUAGGCUGGUCGAGUGAAGACAGCAUCAUCAUUUUAUGGAAGCUGCGUGGUCGCUGGGAAAAGUACGUUAUUGUUGAAAAGGGGGAGGUAAUGGAUCAGGACGGUAGCGUUCAAAAACAAUCCGAGUUGGUGAGAGAAGCCUGGAGAGGCUUUGGUGAUCUACUCGAACAAUAG